AUGAAUGAUGAUAUUGUUUUUUAUGCCAUUAUGAGGCUUGGGGUUGUGAAAGGUGAAAGAGCCAGAAGUAUACUGAAGUCGAUAGAAAGUUUUAUUGGAAUUAUUGGUGGAACUGGCCUGGAUGAUCCAGAUAUUUUAGAAGGAAGGAUAGAAAAAUAUGUUGAUACUCCGUAUGGCAAGCCAUCAGAUGCUUUGAUAUUGGGAAAGAUAAAAAAUGUGGACUGUGUGCUGUUGGCAAGACAUGGAAGGCAUCAUACAGUUAUGCCAUCAAAUGUGAAUUACCGUGCCAAUAUCUGGGCACUUAAACAAGAGAAUUGUUCCCAUGUUUUAGUAACUACUGCCUGUGGCUCAUUACGAGAAGAAAUACAACCUGGAGAUCUUGUCAUGAUUGACCAAUUCAUUGACAGGACUACUAGGAGACAUUCUACGUUUUAUGAUGGGCAGUGUUCCUCUCUUUCAGGAGUAUGUCAUAUUCCUAUGGCAGAACCAUUCUGCACCAGAACCAGAGGGGUUCUUAUUGAAGUUGCCAAGAAGCUUGGGCUUCCAUUUCAUUCCAAGGGAACAAUGAUCACAAUUGAAGGCCCACGUUUCAGUUCUCGAGCAGAAAGCUUGAUGUUUCGCAGCUGGGGAGCUGAUGUCAUCAACAUGACCACAGUUCCUGAGGUGAUUCUUGCGAAAGAAGCUGGAUUGAGUUAUGCAAGUAUUGCUAUGGCAACAGAUUACGACUGCUGGAAAGAGCACGAAGAAGCAGUUUCAGUGGAUAAGGUUUUAAAGACGUUGAAAGAGAAUGCAAAUAAGGCCACGAGCAUACUCCUUACUGCUAUACCUCAGAUAGCUUCCAUGGAAUGGUCAGACACCCUGCACAUCCUGAAAACAACCGUGCAAUGUUCGGUCAUCCUGCCAAAGCACUAACAGCCUGGAUGAACGCGGAAGCUCGGGCACUCGGAAAGAAAAGCGG